UUCUCAUCGCUACCUCCGGCGAUAAAACCGUGAGAAGGCGGCAGAGACAGCCUGAUCCCGACGCCUAUGCUCGCCUGAUGACGGACCAGAAUAACAAGCGCCGGCGUGAACAGGGAGGCAGGCUGGAGGACCGCCUCACUUCCCUCCACGACGACCUCCUUAUCUUCAUCCUCUCCUUCCUCUCCAUCAAGCAACGCGUCGCCCUCUCCGCUGUCUGCGCCCGCUUCCGCCUCCUCCAACCCUCCAUCCCCCGACUCGACGCCUUCCGCCUCGAAGUCCGGUUUCCCUCCGACGGCGUCGACGUCCACAAAGAUCUCACCAUCCCCCGUGCUCUGAUUCGCCAAUUCCACCUCGACUUCCACUUCGUCGCCGAUUUACUCAUACCCCACGAAAAUCAGCUCGUCGACGCCCUCGUCGACACGGGCGUGCAAAACCUCACCCUCGAAGCCUCUGGCAACGGAUUUUUGUAUCUCAGCGACAGGGAAAACUGCUGCAUCUUCAACAUCAAGUCGCUGAGGAGUCUCAUCUUGAACAGAAGCUGCUUCAGGGUUUCGAAAUACUCAGAUCGCCGUCCCCUCUCGCCCUUGGGCUGCGCCUUCCUCACCAUUCUUGAAAUGAAAUUCAGCGUCGUUAGCGAUGAUUUCCUGUGCAACCUCCUCGCCUCCUGCCCUUUCCUCGAGACACUCCAUCUCUUCCGUUGCUAUUUGCGCCAGCAUGGCAUGGACAAGAUAAGCUUCCACUCCGCCCCCAUCAAGCGUUUAAUCCUGUUCCAGAUCCACAUGCUUCCCUCCAUCUUCACCAUCGACGUCCGCGCCCCACAGCUCGAGCUUCUCAUCAUGGACGUCGUCACCACGAUUCGCAUAGAAGCCCCCAAGGUCCGGAACGCGUCGCUCCUUCUCUCCCUAAAGUCCCGGCAGAUCCUCUAGAUGCAUUGAUGAACCUUUUCGGAGCUUCUUUUCCGAGUCGAACCGCUACGCUCUUGCUGAAUUCUAGGAAAAUCCCAAACAACCUAUUAGCAGCAAUAAACGGAAUUGAUUCAGUUAAUUCGGUCUUCAAGCUCGACUUCAAUUUGAAAGAUCAAUCAUCGACUACGAUAUUCACCGAGUUAUUGAAAAAGUGCAAUGACUGCAAUACCAAAUUUGAUAUACAUGUAAAUCCUACGCAUAUGGAGAGCAGCACUGAAGUAGCAAAGGACGACCAACACUUGCUCCAUCGUUCGACAGGAUUGGAAAUGAUUAACUUACAAAUGAAGAUGUCAAAGAGAAGAUUUGAAGGGGUUCUCUCAAAUCAGAAGAAGAUGAAGAAAUUCAAGGAUACCGGAUUGGAAAUGCUGAGAAGACGCACCAACAAAGAGCAAUUUAUGGAUAUAUUAGCAUCCCAAGAAUCUCUGUUCAAAGUAUCAUCCGUUAUUGAUAAUUGUUUUGAAAUGAAAAUUUAAUGUUUUUAAUUAAUUUUUAGUUUUUGGAAUAAAUUUAUUUAGGUUUA